CAGCCCUAGCUUGCACCUGCGUACGCGCAUCUCGAGUCCGUCAGUAGUUUGACAGUCGCGGCGCGGAGCAGUCAUACCGUCCGCGAGAAGUGUGUGCUCUGUUUAUAUUUGAGGAUAUUUUGUUUAUCAAUCAUGAUUUCGGACGCCGAGCUCCAUGAGCCCAAACAGGGCGGCGACAUCACGUUCAUGGACAUGAUCGACGAGGCCGAGGCCCGCGGCGAGUCCCAAAUACAGAAGUUCCUGUCUGGAUCCACGAUACUUGUCACUGGAGGAACUGGGUUCUUGGGGAAACUGCUGGUGGAGAAGCUACUAAGGACAUGUCCAGACAUAAAGAAGAUCUACCUUCUAGCGCGACCAAAGAAGAACAAAGAAAUACAGAAGAGACUACAGGAACAGUUUGAUGACCCGCUAUACGAACGCCUGCGCAAGCAAGUCCCCGACUUCAUGUCAAAGAUCGGAGUAGUCGAAGGGGAUGUGGGGAAAGUUGGACUCGGGAUUAGUGAGAGUGACCGACAGACAGUUAUUGACGAGGUGGACGUAAUCUUCCACGGCGCAGCCACACUUCGCUUUAAUGAACCUCUUCGAGACGCAGUCUUCAUAAACGUUAGAGGCACACGAGAAAUGAUGCUUCUAGCACGGGCUUGUACCAAGCUGAAGGCGAUGGUCCACAUCUCCACAGCAUAUAGCAACUGCACCCUGAGCGAGAUAGACGAGGUGUUCUACGAGAGCCCCAUCCCUGGAGACAAGCUCAUCGACCUGGCAGAGAGCCUGGAUGAGAAGACGAUUAACAGCAUAACUCCUGGACUGAUCGGAGACUUCCCCAACACAUAUGCGUACACCAAAGGCGUGGCCGAGGACGUCCUACAGAAGUACUCCCAGGGUCUCCCCGUGGCUGUCGUCAGACCUUCGAUUGUGAUUGGAACAGCGAAGGACCCGGUAGCAGGAUGGAUUGACAACGUGUACGGACCAACAGGGGUGAUAGUAGGCGCGGAACUAGGUCUCCUUCACGUCCUACACGCCUCGCCAAACGCUUCCGCGUCGCUCGUGCCGGGCGACGCGGUCGCCGCCGCGUGUGUGGCCGCGGCCUGGAGCGUGUCGCGCGCCGAGAACCACCAGGCGCCGGCUAGGGACGCCCCGCCACUGUAUCAUUGUGUGUGUUCGGAAAAGGCCCCUAUUACUUGGAGUAAAUUCAUGUCCCUGGCCGAGACCCACGGCUUGAGCGUGCCCCCCAUGCAGGCCAUGUGGUACUACAUGCUGACCCUCACCAACUCCAAGGCCAUGUACACGUUCCUCGCUCUGCUGAUGCACUGGAUCCCGGCUUACAUCAUCGACGGAGUGUGCAUGAUACUUGGGAAGAAGCCACAAUUAAGAAAAGCCUACACAAAAAUCGAGCAAUUCGCGGCCGUGAUAGAGUUCUUCGCUCUCCGCGAAUGGCGCUUCCACAACAACAACAUGACACGCCUUUACAACGAGCUCUGUGACGCCGACAAGCAUAUCUACGACUUCGACACUAGCGCCAUCGACUGGAACGAGUUUUUAGCAAACUACAUGAAGGGAAUUAGGGUUUAUCUGUUAAAAGAUCCAGUUACUACUAUACCUGAGAGUCUUAAGAGGCAUAAAAGGCUCAAGUGGCUGCAUUAUGCGCUGCUGACGGUAUUAAGUUUGUUAGUUUUGAGGUUAUUAUGGUUUUUUGUGUCGUUUUUGUUUUGAACUAAGUAUGUGUCGAUAGCUUAAGUGAUGGGAUUAAUGGUAUUGAAAGGGUGCAUAAAAAUGUGUAUUUGUGCCAUUUUCAACUAAAAGAAUACUUGUCGGUUGUUGAUAAGGCGCUAUUUCCAUGUAGCUUCAAUUUGAAAUCAACCUUAUCGACAAACGACAAUCACCUUUUUGUUAAAAACGUCAUAUUUGGGUACAUUUAUUAUAUGUCGUCACUGCUUUGAAACGAGUAUGUUUUCAACGUAGUAACGACUUAAUAUUACCGUACCUCAACCAAAAGAAUAAUUGAUUAGCAGUAUGAGAGACGAAACGGUUUCAAAGCAGUGACUACAAUUAUAUAUGUUAGAUAGUUUUAAAUUGUGUCGCUUAACUUAUCUAUAUAGUAAAUCCAUUCGACACUCCCAGCAAAUAUCUACCCUAUUACAUUUUCUUAAUACCAAAAUCGCAUAAGAAAGAUGGAUUUACCUGAGUUUGAAGUUAAGCGACUCGCUUAGAAUAUCUAUAAACCUGUUAGUUAAUUCCGGUUUAAAGUACAAAUAAUAUCACAUUAGUUAGGAACUAGAUCCUAGCAGAUACCUUUUAAAAGCUGAUUGAUAUUAUCACUUUUAAAUCAAAGUAAAAAAAUAUAUCUAUACCUACGAAAUAUUAUAUAAUAUUCCCCCUAAUGUUUAUUCCCCCUAAAUGUAACCCUUUACCAGACUGUAUUUUGUAAGGAUCCUGACCGAAUGAGUCUUAACCCUUUACCAGCCUAAGGGAAUGGAUUUGAAGUGCCGUAUGUGGGAAAAUAUAUCCCACAUACGGCACUUCAAAUAUGCAUUAUAUUUUCUAUAAGUAAGACUGACAUUCGAUAGUCAUUUUUGAACUGUCAGCCUGGUAAAAGGUUAGGUGUAUUUAAUUCUGUUAUAAUCAUUUAAAUCUCGCAUCCUUGGAAGCCAAUGAAUGUAAAUAAUUACAAUACUAUUAAUUACGUAGUUCAAACUACGCUACUUAUUUUCUUCUUACGAGUAUUAGAUCGUUUUAAACGAACUAAAUGUGUUUAUUGUACAAUUUAUCAUGAAUGCCUUAUUAAACUGUGUUUUUACUAAAGUAAUUCUAUGGAACUUGCUAACUAUGUAAACAAACCGCCAUAUUGAAAUUGUCUCUGAAUGUUUAUUAUACUAGUGACUUUUGUUUACAUAGUUAGCAAAGUUCUAUAGAAUGACACUUUACAUCUUUGUAUAUAUAUAUAUUUGAUACCUACACAUAUUUAAUACGAAACUUUCAACAAAUACUUAAAUAAACUAGUUAUAUUUUCAAAGACUCUAAAAGAGUAGAAUCUAAUUAUUAAUUAUAUGGAUAUGUAAUGGAUAUUUUUAAUGUUAUUUGCUUUGGUUACUGUUCGUAAAUAUGCGUGAUAAAACUAUUAUAAAAUGACAGUUUGCAGGAAUUAAAGUGUACAGGCGUGGCUCACUCCGCGAUUUCGUCGCUUUGCUACAGGUAGCUAAAAGUACAUCCGUUCCACACCAAUUUUGGUGGCUAGCCAUAAGCCGCGCGUGGCGUUGUCACCACCUAGCGGCCAUAUCUGUGCUGAUCGUAACAGACGCGUUUUGUUAGAGAGUGAUUCUUCUGUACCUAUACCUAGUACUAUUAUUUAUUCUGUGGUAAUAAGUACAAUGAUAGUUAUGAUAAAAUGGUAUUUGCUCACAUUGUAAUAUUUAAGGUGAUUUUUGUAAAUUGUGUGAUUACCUAACUAUAUUUUAAGUGUUGUUGUAUUAAUAAAGAUGUAAUAAAUUAUACAAAAUGUAAUAAAUAUUUGAUAUAGA